AUGACUGUUUUGUUUCUCGGUAUUUUUUUUUUUUCAUUUCGUACAACUAAAUUGACAUUUUGGGCUAACCAAGUUAAAGUUUUUCACAUUUGGGGUGUUUCUCUCUCUCUCUCUCUGUCUCUCUCUCUCUCUCUCUCUAUCUAUCUAUCUAUCUAUCUAUCUCUCUCUCUCUAUCUAUCUAUCUAUCUAUCUCUCUAUCUCUCCCUUUCUCUCACUCCCUUCCUCUCUCUCUCUCUAUAUCUCCUUUUUUCUCGCUCUAUUUCUCUCCCUUUCUCUAUCUCCCUUUAUCCCUUUCUCUCUCUUUCACUCUCUCUAUCUCUCUACCUUUUUCUCACACACUCUCCUUCUCUCUAUAACUAUCUCUCCUUUUUCCUCCCCCUCCCUCUCAUCCUCUCUCUCUUUCUCUAUCUCUCCUUUUUUCUCACUCUAUCUCUCUCCCUUUCUCUCACUCUAUCCCUUUCUCUCUAUCCCUUUUUCUCUCUCUUUCACUUUCUCUAUCUAUCUCCCUUUUUCUCUCUCUCACUCACUCUCCUUCUCUCUAUAUCUAUCCCUUCUUUUCUCUACCUCUCUUUUUCUAUCUAUAUCGAUCUCUAUCUCCCACUCUCUCCCUUUUUCUCUUUUAUCUCUCUUCCUGUUCCUUUUCUCCCUUUCUAUUUCUUUCACUCUCUCUAUAUCCCUCCCCCUUUCUCUCCCCCUCUCUGUGUCUCUGUCUCUGUGUCUCUCUCUCUAUCCAUCUGUCUUCCUCUCUCUCUCUUAUUAUAUUUAGUGGUUUUUUUCUCUCUUUUUUUUCUUUCCUUUCUCUCUAAUUUUUUUCUCUUUUUUUUUUUUCUUUCUCUCUUUUUUUCUCUCUUUUUUUUCUUUCCUUUCUCUCAAGUUUUUUCUUUCUUUUUUUUCUUAUUUUCCUUUCUCUCAAGUUUUUUCUCUCUCUUUUUUUUUCUUAUUUUUUCCUUCCUUUCUCUCUAUUUUUCUCUCUUGUUUUCUCUCUCCUUUCUCUCUAUUUUUUUCUCUCUUGUUUUUCUUCCUUUCUCUCUAGUUUUUCUCUCUUCCUUUUUUUUCUUUCCUUUCUCUCUCUUGUUUUUUCUCUCUUAUUUUUCUCUCCUUUCUCUUUCUUUUUUCUCUCUUUUUUUUUUCUUCCUUUCUCUCUGUUUUUUCUCUCUUAUUUUUUCUUUCCUUUCUCUCUAG